GCUCCUCAUUUUCCUCCACAAAGCAACUCUUCUUAUCAACUUCUUUAACAUAAUUGUGCGAGUUGGAGCGAACCAAUUAUGAGUUAUUUGAACCGAGUUUGCAUGGCGGCUAGUGUGGCGGUGGUGCAAGGCCAUCCUGAUCAAGGUUGGAAGUCAAGCCUUAAGUCUUUACAGCACGGCAAGAGAAGGCUUAUGUCUGCCGGAGAUGUGUCGGAUCUGCGGCCUCUCUCCGGUGUAUUCGGAUCGGAUCGUAAUAGCGGAGUUCCUGCUGAUAACAGCGGAAAACAAAACGAUGAGUCUUUCCGACGAGUCAUGUACCUUAAUUGCUGGGGCCAGGGCUAGAAAAGAUUAAAUCAAAAGAGACUGGCCUAUCAGGCAGAUGGCGAUCGUUUAGCUCUCAAAAAGAAUUGAGCUUUGGGAUGAAAAGAGGUGAGUUAACUCCGCGUUGACCGAGUCGGACGGACGAGUUUACUCUUCCGAGUACAUUAGAAUUGGUCUCUCAUCUGCUGUUCUUUUGUAAAUAGAGAGAACAAAUUGUAAAUUUGUACAAAUGAAAUGAAAAUCUGAGAACUGAGAAAAUCCUUCUUCUA